AUGAACAGGGAAAAGGUUCAGGUGGGAGACGUCUCAGUCGCUGCUCCGCCGGCGUCCGGUGUGACUGCCCAAACAGCUGUGAUCGUCGUGGCCGCUCCGGAAAGCAUGGACAAUCACGGCGAGAAGCGGCUCGCUGCCAACGCACUGUCGGUGUUUUCCUGCCCCGGGGGUAGAGACAUACUGCAAGCGGACAGUCGAAACAACUCUCCACUUCAAGAACCGGCUCCAGUAGCAAUGCCAAUGCUUCACCGGACCACUUCAUUUUCGGUUUUGGACAUUUUGGACCCAAAUAAGUUUACGAGCAAAAAGCCUAAUCCUAACCGAACAGGCAGCGAAUUCGCCUUCGGGACAGAGAACCGUGGAGGUGAUGACUCGAAUCAUGAUGUAGAGCAGAAGUCUUAUGCAGACGACUAUGACACAUGUAAAAAAUCUACAGGACUAAGUAAGUUUAUUUUUUUAUCUUUCGUUUUUUGUAUAUUUUGUUUUCUAACAGUGUUGUUGUUAUGCUGUAGGCCUAUGCAUAUCUCUGAAAAAUCAGAUUUGAAAUAGACAUCUAAGGUAGACUACAUUUGGUUCUUGUUGGCUACAUAGAUGUCUUAGGAAGUUGCUCAAUUAGCCUACUGACAAAUGUGACAUUCUUGUAAAAACCAUGUCAAGCCUAUUUGUGUCGAUCAUAACGAGACAGAGAACUUGAUGAGUGUUUGCCUUAUAGACUAGCACUAGCCUAUGUCUUAGAAGCUAGAGGGACCGGCAAAUUGUUUUAGAUCCAGGAGUCCCAAAGUUUGUAUUUUUCACAUCUAACUUUGUAUUCUAUAUUCUGGAACGUUUUUUUCCGCUCAAAUAAGUUUUGACUCAGAAAUAAAUAUGAUAAUAUCUGAGGUUAGGUUACAGGAUAUGUAAUAUUCCAUCCAUGCACCCAGUCCCUUAGGCUACCCCAGAGAAAAAAAUGCUUGUAAUAUCUAAAGAAAAAACAAUUAAAACCCUUCGAUUACGUUUAAUUAAAGGUGCUUUGCGAGGUUAAAGAUGCAGCAGGAUAAUGGCGAAAAUCGCCCCAGAGUGGCAUGCAGAACGCGGCUAGGUCGAUAUCCUAUUAUCGAAUUGAGUAUAUCUCUUUCAGGCAGCUUGCCUGACUCCUUCAACAACUAAAUUAUAGGGUCAAAAUUCGGAUAAUUACACGAUUAAAACCUAUUAUACUUAUUAGGGUAGAUAUUGAUCCCAGAAAAAAGACACUCGAUUAAGAUUGUCUCUGCUGCUAUAAGAUAAACACAUCACCCCCACUGUCAUUUUUUCAACGAAAUAAAGGGAACAAUUAUUUCAUUAAUUAGAUACGCCUACAUUGAUCUCCGUAACCACUUUAAUGGCUAUGCAUUUAAAUAUAACCUAACCUAGUCAAAGGAGAGGACACUACGGUUAUCAUGUUGUCGGGGUGAUUAGUUAUGGACUACCUGGUUAAAAAAUAGACAAACUUAACAAACCAACAGACAAAAAAAAACAUUGUUCUUAAUAUUAUAUAAAAAUAGUUGAACAUGAAGACAUGAUGUGGAUUAGUGAGAUAUUGUUUAUGCUGCCAAUAUAAACAUUAAAACCCUUUUCAAAAGCCAACCGUAGACGAUCACAUGAACAGGCUUUAGUAAAUUGACAAAAUUGUGUCAACAAAGAAUGCUGAAGAUGCGCAGGCCUUGACGGGAAAAUGAAUCCCAUGAUAUGUAUGAGUAUUGAUUAAAUAAUUCAAAAGUAAGUAGGCUAAUGCAAAUAUUAGUUUUAUUUUAUGUUCAUAUUGCACUGUUUUGUUGUCAUAAGAUGGUGCUUGUGCGUAAAAGUGGCCUGCACUUGAAUGUUGUGGGGUACUCCUGAAAAUAAUUGAGACUUUAUUUAUUUAACUUGCAUCUCUUAAAAUCGAACCAAACAAACCUUAAAGGUUUGACAAACCUUAUUGAAUAAUUUAGGCCUAAUGUAAAUGACUUGAUAGAUUAAAUACCAUGCAUCCUCGAGGUCUAAACGAUCAUUUCUUAUUCAGCCAUACUUGUAGACUAUAUGGCUGCGCUGUCAUUGGAAUGCACGCUCAUGUAGGCUAUAUUUUCCUGAAUUCGAUCAAAAUCGUUAUAUCCAGAUGUCUAUUUUUCAGACCCCAAAGCAUCUAUUUUUGCAGGCUUUAUUGCGCUGUAGGAAGUAACGAAUUGAGCCACCAUAUCUCACAUUUCCUACAUGUCAUCAUGAUACUUAAAAGCUCUUUGUCGAGUUUAUUCUGCUGAUCUGUGCAUUUGUAUAUUUGUAUUUGUAUAGGCCUAUAUAUUGUAACAAUUGUUUGUUGAGUAAUGUUUUGAAUACCACUAUGCAAACCCCGCCCUCACACAGGCGUGGGCAUUUGUAGGCUAAAAAUCCCAUAGGCACCUGCAUAAAAACAAUUGCUUUGGCACAUCUCUUGAUGCUCUGAUGAAGGCAUAACUGCCGAAACGCAUUAGCCUACAAAAAUGUUAUUCUGCCUUUUCCCAAUGUUCUUGAAUUUGGGAUUUCAUUUGAAGUCAAUGUCACAUAUUUUUACCCAAUAAAUUACUGGGAGUUUAUAUAUAUAUAUAGAGAGUGCGACUCUAUUUGUAUAGCUUACAUAUGGCAGAGCACCCAGCUAAUAAAGCGAGGUAGCGCACCUGUUACCCACUCCACAAUAACGUAAAUGGAUUUUGAAAAUGUAUUCAAUGUUAGAAUAUUUAGCGUAUAUGGGCUACAAAAUUAUAUUAAAUAUUUUCCAAAAUGAUUAGCCCUCCUCAAGUAUUUUUCUUAAAGGUGUCUGAAAGUAGACCAUAUCAAAAGCUGUUUUCACUAUUUCAUUGUUAGCUUAACAUACAAUUGAUAACAUGAAUUACGAUGUUUGUGUCCUUUCCAAAUUUUACGCAGCGUAUUAUUUAGGCCAACAGUAAUACAUCCUUACGCUAUUGAUACAGGAUUAGGCUCGGUUACAUAAAUACACAGCGUGGAGAUAAAACAACCUUUAUCCUCACCUUCCUAAAAAGUGAUUUAUGGAGGUUAAAGGUUAUCCAUUAGCUGGCAUUAUUUUUCAUCACUUCAUAUUUUCUUGAGCAAAUCUUAUGUUAAUUAGGCUAGUCAAUAUAGUCUUUGUAAAGUUAUUGAAUAUUGUCAGUCUAAAUGACUUGGACUUAAUGUGAUUUUUUUUUUUAUGACUCAAUGGCAUGUAUUUUUUUCUUUGCAGAGGAGGGGUUCAUGUGUGCCUACAGAUCCGACGAAUGCGAGAAUGAUUUCAAAAGAGGCUCCCACUCUGACAGCGAGAUGCAGGAUGACGUGUGUAGUGAGGAGAGCAGCAGCGCCCUAACUGGAAACGCAGAGGGGGAACAUGGACACCAUGAUGACGACGACCAGGCGAGCAAGAGCCCAAGAAGUCCUGGCGAACAGCAAACUCAACAGUCAGGGUCGAAUGGACAAAGUAAUCAAGGAAAGCCGAAGAGAAAGCGCUCUGGCUCCGAUUCAAAGUCGGGUAAGCCCCGAAGGGCAAGGACAGCAUUCACUUACGAACAACUUGUUGCACUGGAGAACAAAUUCAAGUCCACCCGAUACCUCUCCGUGUGUGAGAGGCUCAAUUUGGCACUGUCACUCAGUUUGACUGAAACCCAAGUCAAAAUCUGGUUCCAGAACCGACGGACCAAGUGGAAGAAACAAAACCCUGGCGCAGACACCAGCGCCCCGACAGGCGGGGGCCAGAACGGCAAUGGACUAGGGAGCCUGAGUCCACUCAGCCAGUCUCCUCCCAUGAGCCAUCUGUCAAUGCACACGGGCUACCCAGGUCACGGACCAGGCGGGCUAGUCUGCACCACCCAAUUACCCUUUCUGCCAAGUCAUGCGGUACUGUCACCUUUCAUGUUAGGAUCUCAGACUUACGGAGCACCUGCGUUUUACACUUCCCACCUGUAA